ACUUGUUCAGUUUACAUCUAUUAUUAGAUUAUUGAUUUAUGUCACCUAAUAUAUGAAUCCACUGAAAUCAUGUUGUGUCCCAUUUCACUACUUCCACGCCCCAAAAGCACUUUUACUUUCUCUAACUUUCUCUGCAACUACAACUACAAGCAUAUAGUUGGAAUGGCACGAUCUUCACUGGAUGAGAUAUCAGACACGGGUGCAUUUGUGAGAUCUGCUUCCACAUUCAGAAAUUGGAUUUCAAGGGAUUCGAAUUCGCAAUUUCCACCAGAAUCAGGGAGGUAUCAUCUCUAUGUAUCAUAUGCUUGUCCUUGGGCUUCCAGGUGCCUUGCUUACUUGAAUAUCAAAGGACUUAACAAAGCCAUCAGUUUCUCGGCAGUCAAACCCGUGUUUGAAAGAACAAAGGAAUCAGAUGAAUAUAAGGGGUGGGUUUUUCCUGAUUCAGAAACUGAGGUGCCUGGAGCUGAACCUGAUAGGUUGAAUGGAGCAAAGAGUAUUAGGGAACUUUAUGAAAUUGCAAGUGAAAACUACACUGGAAAGUACACAGUUCCUGUUCUGUGGGAUAAGAAACUCAAGACAAUUGUUAACAACGAGAGCUCAGAGAUAAUACGAAUGUUUAAUACUGAAUUCAACAAUAUUGCAGAAAACCCCUCCUUGGACUUGUAUCCCGCUGAUUUAAAAGCCCAAAUUGAUAAUAUCAAUGAGUGGAUAUAUGAUAGUAUAAAUAAUGGUGUUUAUAAAUGUGGGUUUGCAAAGAAGCAAGAACCAUACAAUGAGGCUGCGAGACAAUUGUAUGAAGCUUUGGACAAAUGUGAAAAUAUAUUAAGCAAGCAACGCUAUAUAUGUGGCAACACACUUACUGAAGCAGACAUUCGUUUGUUUGUCACUCUCAUUAGAUUUGAUGAGGUUUAUGCAGUUCACUUUAAGUGCAACAAGAAGCUGCUGCGUGAAUACCCGAAUCUUUUCAAUUACACUAAAGACAUUUUCCAAAUCCCUGGCAUUAGCAGCACAGUGAACAUGGAACAUAUAAAAUUGCAUUACUAUGGAAGUCAUCCUUCUAUCAAUCCAUUUGGGGUGGUUCCUGUGGGGCCAAAUAUUGAUUAUUCUGCUGCUCAUGACAGAGAAAGGUUUUCAGCAUAGAUGGUUUAUUUGUAUAAUUGUAAAAGAUUUAUGAGAAAUUUUCUGUAUCUUCCAAGUAAAUUGUUUUGUUGAAAAUUUCAGAAACUACAGUCCUUUGUUGACAAACAUAAUUUCAAAAUAAACUGACAGGUGUGUGCGUCAGUUAAUGUGUGUACUUAUAAUGUAAGAAUUUCUUCUGUGAUUGACCUUCAUUGAUUUU